UCCCAAAAUUAUAACUGCUAUCAUGAAAAUGAUUUGUCUUAUCAUCGUUUUAUAAUCCAGUUUAUGAUAGCACGAAUAAUAAUCAAAUCAUACGCUGUACAAUUGAUGUAUGAUACCGUUUUAUUCGGGAAGCAUGACGAUGUUCUGUCAGUUCUUCUGUGUUUCCUGUAAUAAUAUCCCAAAAAUCUUUUGUAACCUCUCACCAGCUUCACAUUUCUUUCUUAUUCAUCCUGUUUUAUCAUAUUCUAACAAAUAAGCACAUGAUGAUGAUUAACCUGGGCUUGUUAGGGGAAUAUCUGUAAAUAAAAGAAAAUCGGGUUAAGUACGGUUCCUUUGAAUUCCACUAAGAAUUUGCAUCCUUUGACAGAUACGUAUUUCGACCUCAACUGUAAGGUCGUCUUCAGUGUCUUGUACUUGAAGCACAUGCUAAGAGCCGUUUCACUCUCUUCACUAUUCAUCGUUUAAGUUAGUUUAAACAGUUUUAGACAGCAAAUCGCUCGCUCACGGUGCGGUAAUGAUGAUGAUUUUAUAUCAAUUUCAAUUUGAUUGGCAUGUUCCAGUUGAUGAAAUUUAUCAUUGAUUGAUAGCUUGUUACAAAGCUUUUCUGCAACGGCUUAGCAUCAUGAAAACUCUCUUGCACUAUCACAAUGAUAGAGAGCAAACUAAUUACUCGUGAGCAACAACUCUCAAGUUCAGACUCUGCACAGCGCUCCCACUCUCUCAGCUCUACUCUCCGUUUUCUCUCCGUUCGUGAGAAACACGCUUAGCUCCCACACGCGAUAAAGACGCUGAUGCAUUAUUCUUCGCUCAGUCUUCAUAAUCCGCUUGUAUGGCCAGCGUGCUUCCAGACUUUGCGUUAUCGCAUCGCUCUGACCACUACAAACUGAGAACCGGUUCUGUCAAACAGAGUCGCUCAAUCAACUGCAAACAAUGAAAGUCCAGUGAAAUUACCAUUUCAAGUGCUGAAAAUAUAGAUUCCAAUAGUGAUUGAGUAGGUGAAAUGGCCCAGGAGCUACCUGCUCCGACAGGAGAUACCAUGCACGAUACAACUGUUCUGGUUCUGGAGCACUCCCGGCAAGCGAAGCGCAAUCAACGCAAAGAGCUGCAGUUAUCUCUCAACAACGAGUUGCUGGCUAUCAUUGAUGAACCGGAUAUCGAAGAUGGAUUACCAAAGAUGCAAGCACUGCUGGAGGAUUGUAGAUGGGAUAUGCUGCAUAAUCUUGUCGAGGAAAUGAAGGACUGGGACGCACAGAACACAAUUCCGGAACCAAAGACGUUCUUGUUCAACGCUAGGGUACACCCAGCCUUUGAAAAUAUGCUCGCAUCGAACAUCCUUUAUCAACCCUAUCUACAACAAUUUAUUGUUCGCUUUUCUGCUUUCAAUGAGAGAAUCGCUCCGGAGCUGAACGCCCCUCUCCACUACGCCGUCGAAUCACUCAACAUCACCUUCUUGACAUGGCUUUUGUCGCAACCAUCAAUCGAGAUCAACAUCCGUAACAAACAAAGAAAAACGCCACUAUUUCUGCUAUGCGAGCAAUAUGACGCCGUGGUGAACAGUCCGAAGUUCAAGAAACGCGCCAUGCAGCUGACCAAGAGUCCCAUCAAGGUAGAAGACAUUCGAGACACUAUUCUGCUCCUGCUCGAUCACGGCGCGGACUUCAAUGUCUGCAGCGAUCGGCUCAAACUACCCUUCGAGCUGCUCAUGAAGAAUUCUUCCAACGAGAACAAGUCGUUCCUGAAGGAGUGCGUCAAACGAUUCAAAGGUGCUAUAGCAAUUGGGAAACGAGGCGGUGCUGAGAGGAAGCUGUGUCUUGGGUUCUACCAGGAGUGGGUUCAGAUCAAUGUCACGGUUGAGCUGUUGGAGAUUCUCUUGCGAUUCAAGGAGGAACAACGAUUCGAGCGGAAGUUUCUACAGUUCACAGUCGACGAAUCGAACGUGAGAGACGUGAUCCGGCUACUGCUGCACAUUGCGGUUGAACUGGACAUGGAACGAUCGGUUAAAACGAUCGUCGAGCAUGCCGGUCCAAUGAUCUUCAAAACGGUAAAACCUGUUACAUCUAAGAAGAAGGUCUUGCGUGUUUGCGAACCAGACCCGGAACGCGAUGCCAAGGGUUCCGAGCUUGUCUAUCGAGUGGAGCUGAAGGGUCUGCUAAAGAAAGCUUGCGAACGUGGAAACGUGGCAACUCUAACACUACUGCUUGGGCACAUUACCGAUCGAGUUCUGGUGAAUGACGACCCGAUUCUGGUGUUUACGCUGAACCGCGCACAGGAGCUCUGGAGACGCGAGGAGGAACGGGCAAAAGUUUUACAGUGUGCGGAACUGUUGGCAAAGGAUCAAAAGAUCCACCUCACUAGGACGGACAACAAUGGCAACACUGCUUUGCACACGUCGUUGAAAUUCGGUUUCACCGACAUUGCUUUGGACCUGUUGCAGCAAAAGUAUGCCUUCCUGGGAGUUCGCAACAAAGACAAUCAAACGCCACUGGAUUUUGCACGGUACGAAUUCUGGAAGAUGUACUUCGAUCAGUGCGUUUCGAUUGACGUUCGACGUUCGUACUUCGAUCGGAACGAAGUUCGUCUGAAUCUGAAUGGUUUCGAUCCGUUCAUUUUUAAGAAACGAGCGGUGAAAAAAGCAUCCCCCAAGGAUCGUAGUGAGAUGAAUCUCUGGCGAAUUGUUGAAAAGGCCUCUUCAUCUAAUGUUUCUCACCAACAACCCGUACAAACCUUCGUUACCGAAAUGGACCCCGUCAAAAUCAUCGCCAAGUCCAAGGAACUCAAACGACUUCUGCUUCAUCCAGUUAUCUACACUUUCAUUCUGGUCAAGUGGCUGCGUCUAACCAAGUGGAUCUACCUGAAUCUGAUUUGUACCUUGGCAACUGUCAUUUGCUUUGGCUGGCAAUCGCUUGACACCUGCAACGGCGAUAAUCAAUACUCGAUCGUUCUCAACGUGCUUACCUGGAUCGGUGCUGUUUACAUGAUCGCGAGAGAAAUAGUUCAAAUUCUCUUUCUUCGGCUAAAGUACUUUUCUUCGUUCGAGAACUACCUAGAUAUGGGGACGAUCGUUUUCAUGAUCAUCGUCCUACAGAACGGCUGUCAAUCCAUAAUGUCUUCACUGAUUGUGAUAGCAUUUGCGCUUCAACUCACCAUGCUGAUCGGGUCACUGCCAUUCAACACUCUUUCCACCUACAUGUACAUGUUCAAUACCGUAUCGGUGAACUUCAUGAAGAGUUUCCUGCUCUUCAUCCCGCUGCUCGGAGCGUUCACCUUCAGCUUCUUCCUGUCCUACAAUGACCGAACCCGCCCGCAUAAUUCAACCGAGGAAGAGAUCCCGUUCAACACCUUCAGUAGCUUUUCGGACGCCGCGCUCAAAACCCUGGUCAUGACCACCGGAGAGUACGAAGCCGCCGGCGUCGACUUCAGCGGUGGCAAGAUCAUUCUCUUCGUCUUGUUCAUCUUCUUCGCUCCGAUCGUCAUUCUGAACUUGAUCAACGGUUUGGCCGUCAGCGACAUCACUUCCAUCAAAGAGGAAUCCGAACUGAUCAGUUUGCGCAAGAAGGUAUUGAUCUUGGAACGAUACGAACGUGGUCUGCGGGAGAUGCCGAUCGAGUUCAUCCGCCGGAUGUUUCCGAGUUCGUUCUUCGAGAACCAUUCGUACGUGAUCGUGGUGAAGCCGAAGGAGCUACGCAAGAUUCUGGUGCAGCACAUCAAUCCGCAAGAGGAGAACCGGACACCUGCUCAACGCGGACAAAAGCUUCCGAAGGGCGAAUGGCGAGUGGUGCCGAACAUGCCCGGUGGAUGGCUCGUCCGCGGAUCGGAAGGAUUCUUUGUGAAUUUGAAGUUUUUGAAGUUUCCGCUGUUUUGUACGCUGGACGAACACAUCAUGGACGAGGCGUUGCAAAUCGCCGAUGCAAGUAUUAUGCUGCGGGAGAUUAUGGACAGUCGGCGAGUGGAGAUGGCGUCCUCCAUGAGCAGCUUUUCGGAAACGGAAGACAAACUGGACGAGAUGAGGGCCGAAAUCGACAAGAUGAGCCGACUUUUGACGAGGGCAAUUCAGCAGAGGCAACCGCCGAAGAGGAAAAUUUCCGGAAGCAAGGUCAAACCGGCGGUGGUGCGGGAGGUGGACGAGCAGGGCGAAAAGUUCACCUCCGUUGCCAAAGUGGCGAAAGCCGUGGGGAAGUUCAAAAGGGGCAGAAAGAAGCCGAAACCUUGAGACUUGGGCUUUUAUCGUAAGAUGGCAAUUUUAGCGCUAUAAUGUUAUUGUAAACAAGUUUUUGUAUUGUUAAAUAACGUCAUUUUGCAUGUCGUAUAAAAGUCUAUUAACAAUUUUACGAAUUUAUAAAAAAUAUACAAACUUCAAGGUUAAAUAGUAUAAAAUCAAAACAAUGACCUUGAAAAUGUU